GCUACUCAAACCAAUCUAGCUAGCCUCGCUCGAACACGAGCAUCUCCCCUUGGCAGCUAGGCAUCUAACAACCCAGCAGCAGCAAUGAAGCAAAAGAUUGUCAUCCAGUUGAGCAUGUCGUGCGAUAAAAGCCGGUCGAAAGCACUGACGCUGGCCGCCAAAGCAGCCGGGGUGACGUCCAUGGGGAUAACCGGAGACGCCAGGGACCAGCUGGAGGUGGUCGGCGACGGCGUCGACCCGGUGUGCCUUGUCUGCUCCCUCCGCAAGAAGCUCGGCCACGCCCAAAUCGUCAAGGUGGAGGAAGUGAAGAAACCGGAGGAGAAGAAGAAGGAUGAGCCGAAGCCGGCCGUGCCUGAGCCCGUGAACCCGCCGCCGUACUUCUUCUACCCGCCCAGCUCCUACUACCAUCACCAGUACCCGCUGUACUUCUGACCAUGUAACUGCCAGAGAGCGAAUUUUAAGUACUCUAAUUUUGCCAGCAAC